AUGUUCAUUUCGGGUUUGAUUCUGGCCUCACUAGCCCUCUGGGGCAAGGGAGUUGAGGCUGCUUUUGGUCUUACUACGAAUACUGAUACCUACAUUGUUGAUGCUGGGUCUAGUAACCCACUGAAAUUCACGGUUGACCGGUCAAAUUGUGAUAUCACUUCGAUCAACUACUAUGGGUCUGAACUGCAGUAUCAAUCUACCGGCUCGCAUAUUGGCUCGGGAUUGGGUAGUGCGACUGUUACUGCGACGCAGAGCGGCGACUACAUCAAGAUCACCUGCGAGACGGACACUCUGACGCACUAUUAUGUUGCGCACAGUGGAGACUCUAUCAUUUAUAUGGCGACGUAUACUACAGCCGAACCCUCGGUCGGAGAACUUCGGUACAUCGCCCGUCUCAAUGCAGACCUCCUCCCGAACGAAGAACCUUUCGGCACAGUCUCCAACAUCGCCGGCGGUACUGCAAUCGAAGGAUCAGAUGUGUACCUAGUUGGCUCCGAGACCCGCAGCAAGUUCUACUCAAGCGAACGAUUCAUCGAUGAUCAGAGACACUGCGUGUCUGGAUCUGCCCAUCGAGUCUGCAUGAUCCUCAAUCAAUACGAGACUUCCGCCGGAGGACCCUUCCACCGCGACAUUAACACCAACAACGUUGGCAGCUACACCGGGUUAUACUGGUACAUGAACUCGGGACACGUACAAACCGAAUCAUACCGUCAGGGUUUGCACGGUCCCUACCUGAUGUACUUUAGUCGCAGCGGCACCCCGAGCACGAACAUCGACACGUCUUUCUUCGCGGAUCUCAGCAUUAAGGGGUACGUCGCGACAUCUGGGCGGGGAUAUGUCUCCGGCACAGCGUCUGGCGCGGACUCCUCUAUGAAAUGGGUUGUCCACUGGUACAACGACGCCGCCCAAUACUGGACCUACACCUCCUCUAGCGGGAGCUUCACAUCGCCCGCCAUGAAACCAGGCACAUACACCAUGGUCUACUACCAGGGCGAGUAUCCCGUCGCUACAAGCUCAGUAACCGUAACAGCAGGAUCAACGAUAAGCAAAAAUAUCUCCGGCUCCGUGAAAACAGGGACGACAAUUUUCAAAAUCGGAGAAUGGGACGGACAACCAACAGGCUUCCUAAACGCCCCCUCCCAACUCCGCAUGCACCCAUCCGACACCCGCAUGUCCCCCUGGACCUCCACCCCAACAUACACAGUCGGCACCACCUCCCCAUCGUCCUUCCCCAUGGCGCUCUUCAAAUCCGUAAACUCGCCCCUAACAAUCAAAUUCACCGCAACAUCGGCGCAAACAGGCGCCGCAACGCUACGCAUCGGCACCACGCUUUCGUUCGCCGGUGGACGGCCCCAAGUCACCGUUAACAGUUAUAGCGGGAGUGUGCCGAGUGCGCCGGCGAAUCUGGAUUCUAGGGGUGUGACGAGGGGUGCGUAUAGGGGGUUCGGGGAGGUUUAUGAUGUUGGUUUGCCUGGGGGGAGUAUUGUUGCGGGCACGAAUACGAUUACUAUUUCUGUUGUUUCGGGGAGUUCGGGGGAUGAGUUUUUGAGUCCGAAUUUUAUCUUUGACUGUGUUGAGCUGUUCCAGUAG